UCAAAUGGCUGAAAUUAAUAGGGUGCGGAAAAAAAUAUAAGAGCCUUUGAACAAUCGAAUUCUUAGGUUUUCAUAUUUAGUCUUCCGAAAGUGGUGUCAGUUUGGCGCCCAUUUGUAAGCGAAAGCCGAUCAUUUCUGAGAUUCCGUGCGUUUCUGCAGAACGUAGAGAUGGGUCGGAAGAGCAAGAGGCACAGAAAGCGCCGCAGCCCUGCAAUGGAAGAACCCCUAGCUCCCAAUCACACUCCCCCUCUCAACUUCCAAACCCUAAUCUCUGCAAUUCAGUCCCCUGAGCGUGUUCAAUUUCAGGGUCUGAAGAUGCCCCUUUUGAAAAGAUUGUGCUUCCUACUUGCUCCGCUGUCGUGUAAUGAAACAAUGCACUUUUCUAACUUUGAAGGUGCUCUCAAUAAUGGCGGGGUUGAAGUGAAACUUGGAGAUACACAAAGUCUCAUUUAUGUUUUGUACAAAGAGCUAGAUAGGAGGUUUAAACUGUUCUUUUCCGCUUUAUGUGAUUUAUCUGCAACAAGGGGACCGAGGCACGUUGAUUCCCACACAGAUAUGUUGGCCGCUCCUGAUGAACUACCGCUGCUUCUGAGAUGUUGCAUCCUAGUCUUGACCUUGGCUGACCCUACUAUCCUAGUGGAGAAAACCCAAUUUCUUCUCUCUGUACUACGGAAAUUGAUUUCUUUGGUUACAAGCGGAGGAGAUGAGAAAAACAACUCUGUCACCUUUCAGAAGUUUGUUUCUUCCAAGUGCACGUUCACUGAUGCUGUUGGUUCUUCAACUACUGUUUCAGAAGAUUUUGUUUCUUCCUUAUGUUUGAUAGAGGUUUGUGAUCCAUGGUGUCCAGCACUAUCUGCAGUGCUUGAGAUAUUUGCAGAUGAACUUGUAAUGUGUAGAUUGCUGAGAGAGUACUUUAUUCUUGUUGAUUCUUCUUCUUGCACAACUGAAAUGCUAUUUCGGUGCCAUGCUGUCAAAGGUGAUAUUGGAAGUGUUCUGGAGGUGAUUUCUGCCCAUUUCAUCUUGUCAGUUUAUGGAAAGCGAGCAUAUGGGAACUUCCUCAAAAGAUUAUUCUGUGAUUUCGGGAAGUAUUGUAGAGUUCCCGAACUGAGCCUGAAUGCUGCAGUGUUAUUGCUUCUCAACCCCAUCAUGCUGUCAGCACCCAAAAUGUUGAGGACACAUUUGUUUUUAUUGGUUUCUGAAUCUAUUGAUGUAGACAUGUCUAUGAAUGCUAGACCAGAUCUUAGACUUAUGGACUGCUACCUAACAGCAUUUGAAAGGUCUGUCCUUUUAUAUACCAGCCACAUGUCUAGUUCACUUAUGGAUUUCCAUCGUUUGGGUGUUAAAUGUUCUUCUUCUUCUUCUACUGGUUCACGUAUGCUAGGGAGAAGUUGUCAACCUUCAUUUGAGUCGUAUAUUCAACAAGUUACGAGAGAUAAAAUGUGUGAUCUAGUUACCCAUUCUGAUUCGUUAUGGGACUCGUAUUUGUGCGAUAUGUUCUGUGGAAGAAAAGCGGACCUGAUGGAUUCUUCUGUUGCAUACAUAAAUGAGAGCCAACAUGUUUUUGAUGAAUCAUGUAAAGAUGAUAUAGCGUCUGUCUUGCGUAGCAUAAUACAUGGAAGUUUUUCUUGUGGUGUUAGUGAUAGUGUGCUGUAUAGAAAAGGGGAUACGAGUCCACAAGAUAUUUAUCUUCUUGCUUCCAUAUUGAAGUUAAUGAGUACUUCGUUGCUGAAAGCUGUUUGGUGUCUAAGGCAUGGCGGGCAUUUGGGCUCUUCAAAAACCGUAAAAGACGCUUCUUCAAAGGAAUAUGAUUUCAUAGUGGGUGUUAUUGGCUGUUUUCACCAGUUCAAUGUGUCUCUGCCUAAUCAAAAGUUCUUAUUAGACAUGAUGAACACCCACCCGUCGAUACAUAAGGCUUCCAAGUGGAUGCUUCUGCACUUUUCAGGCUUACUGUCCUUGGGUUUUGGUAGUGGGAUUGAUUUCUUAGUUAAGGGCUGCAUAUCGACAAUCAUGUCACUAUUAAAUCUAUAUGUAUACGAAGAUGGUGAUAUAGUUGCACUCAGCUCACUUCUAGUUUCUGGCUCACAAACUUCUUCAUCUGGAUUGCCUUCAGACAAGAUUACAGGGGGCUUGGUGAAAAAGAAAUCUAUCAGAAGAGUUGCAUCGAAAUUUCAGAAAAUUCAAACACUUCACUUAAGCAAAGUUUCUCUCACAAAUUCCCAUCGGAGAUCACAGAGCAAGGUAGCAGAAACGUCGGAAGAUGCAUGUAUCAUGAGGUGCACAACGGAAUCUAGUGAUGGCAUUGAAGAGAAAACAGAGGAAACCUGCAACGGGAAGGUUUUUCUCAAUCUCUUACUAGGAAGAUCCCAGGAAUCUGAGAUAGAGGAGUUAGCGGACUUCAUUGCGUGCGAACCUGGGAGGGAUUAUUCCAGUUGGUUGAAGGAUCUACAAAAGUAUCGAGGGAUGAUAUAUAAAAAAAAGAGAGCAGCAAGGUGGGAGAAGAGGAAAUAUGCUUGGAAAUGUAUGUUAAGAAAGAAAUCAGCAAAUGCUGUAAGAGCUGCUUCUGCGUACUUGGUUUGAAAAAGUUGCUAGCUAGCGCUAGGUGGAUUAGCGAAUUUAGUAUUCUCAAUAUGUAUAUAGAGUUUUUGUGAUAUGACGAUUCCCGUUAGUGUAAGUUUUGUGCGGUGUAUAAAGGGUAGAUGACAUUUGUAAACUCGA